AUGUUGUAUCCUCAUCGUACUAUGCCCCUACGGGCCUUUUUCACUGCCCUUCUAAUUCUUGCACCGGCCAGCGCCGCCCCCACUGGGCUCACUGGCCGUCAAGACAGCGGUGAAGUACCCGCAGUAUGGCCAACUCCUCAAAAUAUCUCACUAUCCGGAACGGAGGUCUCGCUCAAAGGCUCUGUGACAAUCGUAACAGGCAGCGCCGCAGAUGCCGCAACGAUUGACGCAAUCAAAACGAUCGUGGUAGCCGCAGGCGGUACUGCCGUCGUCUCCACUGAUCCUACAUGCGACGGAACGCAGAUCAUCAUCGGCACCGAGGAAGAGAACAGCCCUGCGGCAGCCGCAGCCAAAGCUCUUACCGGAGAGUCCGCCGAUGGUCUCGCAGCCGACGGCUACGUGCUAGCCUCUGGCAAGUACGAGAACCAGCCGAGCAUUGUGCUCAAUGGCGUAGACGCGCGUGGUACAUUUUACGCGUCACAGACUCUCCGUCAACUCCUCGACGGCCACCAUGUUCCAGGCAUUAGCGUGCGCGACUGGCCGCUCAUGUCUAUCCGCGGCUCGAUCGAGGGCUUCUACGGCAUUCCCUGGUCUCACCAGGCACGGCUGGAUCAGUAUGUUUUCUACGGACAGCACAAGAUGAACACCUACAUCUACACGCCCAAGGAUGAUCCGCUCCUCCGUGCCCAAUGGCGAACCCUGUACGAGGGUGAAGCUUUAACGGAGCUCCAGGAGCUCGUAGAUACUGCAAACGCCAACCAUGUCGAUUUCGUCUUUGCUCUUUCCCCGGGUUUGGAUCUAUGCUUCAGCUCUGACAAAGACUUCAACGCGACAAUCGCGAAGUUCGAUCAGAUCCGGGAUCUAGGCGUCUGCAGCUUCUACGUCGCUCUUGACGAUAUCCCUAUUGAAUUCCACUGCGACGAAGAUACAGAGAAGUGGCCGCACACAGACGACUACCACUGGUUCGCCGAUGCCCAGGCCUACUACCUGAACCGCAUCCAGGAGGAAUACAUCGAGAAAAACAACCUGAAAGAUCUCGAGACCGUCCCCACCAACUACGCCGGCAGCGAACCGGACCCAUACAAGGAGGAAUUCGGCACCCAGCUGGACAAGAAGAUCCGCAUCCAGUGGACCGGCGAGGGAGUCUUCAGCGAUAAUAUCACAGUCGACAGCGUCCUCCAGGCCGACAAGACCUACGUUACUGACAAGCUCUAUCUGUGGGAUAACUUCCCGGUCAACGACGGCAAUCGCGACCGUCUAUUCCUCAACCCGCUUACCGGCCGUGCCGCCGAUCUACACGAGCACCUCCUCGGCUUCACAUCCAACCCAAUGAUACAGCCGUACGCUUCUCUGCCUGCCUUAGCCAAUUACGCCGAUUACACAUGGAACGGACCGUCCUACGACGCCGCCAAGUCCAUGGAUGCUGUUCUCCAGGAGCUCGCUGGCAGCGACAGCGAUGCCCACGAUGCAGUCGCUGCAUUCGCCGAUCUCAACCAGAACUGGCCGUACCAGACCCCUACAACCAAUGCCCCCAAGCUAAAUGCAGACAUUGAUGCUUUCUGGGCUGCUCGCGAGGAUUCCAAUUCAUCUGAAGACGGCACCGCGGCAUUGCGUGAUCGUCUUGAACUGCUCGCUACGCUGCCGGAUGUUCUGCCUAAGAUGGCUUUGAAGGGCUUUGCGACGGAUGUUGCGCCGUGGGCGACUGUUGCGGCGCAGUGGGCUAAUGCUUGUCAGCACUUGAUUGCUAUGCUUGAGGCGCUUGAUGAUGGUGAUCAGACUACGGCUGAUAGCGAGUAUGAGUCUGCGCAGGAGUGGGUUGAGAAGACGAAGGCUAAGACUGUUGGUGAUCGGAAUGAUCAGGGUGAGGAUCUUCCGGAUUCGAUUGUUCCUGUUACUGGGGAUGGUGCUUUUGAUACGUUCGUUAAGGAUGCUGUGGCCGUUUAUAAUGGAGAGUAG